UUUUCAUUCCAUCAUUUAACAACUGCCUUCUUAAAGCCCAAUAGAAUGUUUGUAAGGAAAAAGGUAGAAGUUCUUUCUUUCGCUUUACAUAUUUAAAAAUGGUUGCCUAUAACGUUCCUACUGUCAAUGACGUUCUUGUCCCCGAGACCCUCUUGAAAAAGAGAAAGUCUGAUGCUGAUGCCGCUUCUAAGGCUGCUGCUCAAAAGGUCGAGCUUCGCAAGGCCAAACUUUCCAAGCGUCGCGAUCUCUUCAAGCGUGCUGCUAAGUAUGAUGCUGAAUACAAGGCUGCUGCUCUUAACGAAAUUCGUCUUCGUCGUCAAGCCAAGGCUGAGGGUAACUACUACGUCCCUGCUCAAGAGAAGCUCGUUUUCGUUGUCCGUAUCCGUGGUAUCAACAACAUUGCCCCUAAGCCCCGUAAGGUCCUUCAAUUGCUCCGUCUUUUGCAAAUCAACAACGGUGUCUUUGUCCGUCUUAACAAGGCCACAUCUGAGAUGCUUCAAUUGAUCCAACCUUAUGUCACUUAUGGUUUCCCCAACAUGAAGACCAUCCGUGGUUUGAUCUACAAGCGUGGUUAUGCCAAGGUCAACAAGCAAAGAAUUCCCAUCACUGAGAACUCUGUCAUCGAAAAGUCUCUUGGCAAGUACGAUAUCAUCUGUGUUGAAGAUCUUAUCCACGAAAUUGCUACUGUUGGUCCUCACUUCAAGCAAGCUUCCAACUUCCUCUGGCCUUUCAAGCUCUCCAACCCUAAUAACAUGUGGAGAUCUCGCAAGUUCCUCCACUACAUUGAAGGUGGUGAUACUGGUAACCGUGAGCAAUUCAUCAACAACUUGGUUCAAUCCAUGAACUAGAUUAUUCCCAUCUUUCAUUUUCGUGAUAAGUCCUGUUCAUAACUAUCUUUUAUAGUGUCAAAUAAAUUAAUAAACUGAUUACUAUAUAACUUUGUAUAUCCAUUUAAAAAAAAAA